CAUCGCUUUGCCUCAACGUGAAAAGCUCGCCUGUCAAAACAAAACUGACGUUCGAAUGCAGAAGUAGCUUUGGAAAAUUCAAUUUAUUUUGUUGUGAUUGUCGCGAUCUCUAAAUUUUUACCAUGUUUAAUAUUACACAACUAAUACAAGCAGCAGAAUAUUUGGACAGACGAGAAAGAGAAGCUGAACAUGGAUAUGCAUCGACCCUUCCAAUGCCAGAUGACUUUAGCUUAAAGAAGCGUUCAAAAUCAAAGAAAACUCAGGGAAAUAGGUCAACUCACAACGAACUAGAGAAAAACCGAAGAGCAAAUUUGCGAUACUGCUUAGAAAAGUUAAAAGACAUCGUGCCAUUGGGACCAGACUCAUCGAGACAUACAACAUUAGGGCUUUUAAUGAAAGCGAAAUCAUUUAUUAAGAAUCUUGAAGAAAAGGAUCGAAAGACGGCGUCCACCCGGGAGCAGUUGCGACGAGAGCAGCGCUUCCUCCAGCGACGAUUGGACCAGCUUAUGGAAGGGCAAUACCGUGUGCGACAGGAGAGGUCCAUCUCAGAGUGUAGCACGGCCACCAAUUCUACAUCCUCCUCUACCUCAGAAUCAGGUUAG